CAGUCUGGAGACGUCAGCAAAGGCUAUUGAGAAUAGUCAUGCAAACCUUCAGUCUUGUUUCAAAGAGUUUUGUCAGACUGCUAUUAAGAAACAGUGUCAGGCAAAGAAGGAAGGAGACCUUUUACGUCAUCUCUUUACCAAGUUCAUUUCAUGGCCUGUCAUGUCCUCCAUUAUUGUGGAGUCAGCAGCUUGUUUUGGAGAGGAUCAUGAAGGUCGUCUACUGGACCCGCAAUCAGCAAUAAACUUCCUCUUAUCUCAAGAUAAAUGGAAUGGAAAUCAGUGGAAGUUGGAAGAUGAUGCCAGUCGUUUAAUAGCAGAUAGUCAAUCAUUCUUACGUUCUCUAAUUCAGUCCCUUUGCCAGGGAAAUAUACCUCUGGGCCACCUUAAGACCGUCUUUAAGUCUAAAAGUCAAUUUCAGAAGCUUUACAACCAGCAUAAGAAGAACAACAAAGAAGAGAAUAUCUCAAUCGAUGUGUCAGAGCUACUCAGUCAAAGAGAAGAUGACUUAAAAGCCUUUGAACAACAGAAGAAGUUCAUGACCAACCUUAUUAAUAUGCUGGGGAAGAUUACUGAUGUUGUAGAUGUACCAGAGGUUUCUUCCCUAGAAGACAUGGUCAAAACCAACCUGCAGAUGGUAACUCUGGACAAACUGGUGGAAGUGCAGACAUAUUUCUCCAAAGAGGAUCUUGACAAAAACAACACAAGGCGAGUGUUAUUCUACAAUGUUGAUCUGCAAGUCAUGGCACGGGAGAUGCAUGAAGUGAAGACCAGCGACCUUCUUCUGUCUUUAUGGCUAGAAAAGGCAACCGAAUAUUUUAUGCCUGGUUCUCAGCUUUUGUCACUAGACCUUACGGACGUCCAUGACAGAAUCUGGAAACCUUGUCUCACUAACUUCCUCAACCUUGGUCUACGGAUUGCAGUUGGAGCAAGUUCUUUUGAAGAGGUGGACCAAGCUUUGAAAUGGUGUGGGGACAGGGGUGAAGGAGAUCGUUUAAAGAAAGAGCUUACUUUGAUGGCAACUAUGCUGAAAAGCCAUACAUUUCUGAAUGUAAACUGGCCAGAGGAUCGGCUCAGCCAGAUUCAGGAAUACAGACGCCUUCACCAUGCUGCGGAAUCUGCUGAGGUCAUACUGAAAAUCAAAGAUAACUUGGAAUUACAAGGAGACUUCAGCCAUAUUCAUAGCCUGAUUCAAGUGAGAGAUGACUCCUUCAAACAAAACACUCUGGGUUCGCUGAGUGAUGUCCUCAUCAGAGCCAGGCAAAAACUGGCAGAUGUCAAAUGCCAGCACACAGCCUGUUUGAAGGCUUUCUUGGAAAGUGAUACUCUGAUCAAAUGGGUCAAAACGCAAAUUCCAAGUUUAAGAGACUUGAAAACCUUUAUGGAACUGGCCUCAAUUUCUGCUGGGGAGAAUGAUGCAGACACUGAUAGGCUAGCCAGUUUCGAGACUGUUGUGAUGGGCUAUGGCCCUUUGCUUUACUCACUACCAAAAAAUGCAGGAUUUGAAGAGUUUAUUGACUGUGCUAAGCAAGUAUUGGACAUCUUUGACAAAGAUAAGAAACUCGUGGAUAAAUUGGUAGACUCCAGGCGGUGGUUGGAUUGGCUGAAAGGUUUAAGGGAGACUUAUGGCUCUGUUGAGCAAUCGUCUUUGUCCAUGGCCUCAGAUAUCAACACUGGAGGCGUAUAUCAUGUGGGCUGGCCUGAAGAUUUCAAUGGGAAAUCAGGUUUGGACAAUGUAUUUUGCGUGAAGGUGACAAAGAAUGAACAAGAAAAGACAUACAAUCUUAAUGAACUCCUAGAGCUACAGAAUAAGCUCAUGCUGAUGUCUUCUAAAGGGGAGCAUGGAAGGGAGCAAGUCAACAAGUUUACUCAAGUUUUUGAAGGAGUCCAGAGGAUGGGCCGCAUCCUCCUUCAGUUGCGCACAUCGGGCAAUAUGCUCUUUCGAAACUGGGGGGCACAGAUAACAUGCAACGACCAAGAUCAACCCUGCAUUCAAGUUAGCUUCACCCAGUUGAGCAAGUGUGUUGUAUAUCAUGGUGAGGUUGAAGAGGAGCUUCAAAAACUGUGUCGCUCUCUGGAGAACUUUCAUAAAGAUUGGUGUAACCACUUAACUAAGACACGCUCUCAGAUCUACGCACUGAAUCAUUACACCUCAGAGCAAAUAUUUUUUCUUUGCGAAUGGAUCAACAGCAUUAGCAUCAAAAGGAAACCUGUGCCACAACAAAUGUGGCAUCUUUUGACUCCUAUUAAACCAGAUUGUAACUUAAAUGACAUACGAGAGGCCUUUGAAAAAGCAACAGAGACAGAAUCUAUGGUGCAAGAUGACAUGGCAGAGGAAUCAGAACAAAACAGUGAUUUUGACCUGCCUCUGAGCUUCAGUUUGCUAGAUGUUGGUACUGAAUGCUUAGAGGACCUGUGGCAGCAAUUUAAAGAGAACAUGUCCAGGUUCCUUACCCACCAUGUGGAUCUCGAAACACUUGGACGAUUCCUCUCCAAUCUGUCUGACAUGAAUCAAAUGCACAUCAAACGCAAGAUACCUCCUAUUCUACAAGAGGGAAGGCCAAACCUUGUCCAGUGCCCUGUUGUGGACUUGAUUAGCACAACUCUGUCUUUUUACACAGAGAAUCAAGAGCAUCCUCUUCCAACAACUGAUGAGGUAUUAAUGUGCCAGGAGGAGACAACUGAAGAGGAGGUGGAGAUUUUCCUCCGCCGAUGUCUAGGAUCCCAAGGCACUGCAAGCAAUCAUCAGAAGAUAUACACGCUGGUCAAUCCAGGUUCACUGGCUUAUGAUGUGAGCGUGGCACUGGUGGAAUGCUUUGAGACACUAGAAAGGAGUGCUGGGCCUCAUUACCGUCUAGUGAUGGUCUGUCCUGUAAACCAGGAUAGAUAUGUUCCUUCCUUCUUCAGCAACUAUAAAGUACAAACAGGUCUGAGUAUAUCUACAGAAAGAAUAAAAAACUCUCUUCGCCAUCACUUUCGUAUCCCGUCUGAGCUUGUUCCCUACUCAGAAGUCUAUCCAGGACAACUCUCCGUCUGGAUGAUUUCAUCUGAACGUCCAGCUGUUGGAAAGUCACUAUAUGUCAAGCGUCUAUUUGAGCAGUUCAAAAAAGAGUUUCCAACAGCCACCUGUCUUACAAUCAGACUCAUCGAGCCCUGCGUUGACAUGGAUGGAUUUGUCCAAACCCUGUCUGAAAGACUAGCUCCACUGAGAGAGCAGGACCCUGUGCUGUUGCACAUUGAUAUUGCAGCAUUACGUCAUGGCUUGGAGGAAUUCCUAUUCAAAUUACUUAUUCUAGGAUGUCUUAGUGACAGCAAAGGAACUAUAUGGAGGAGAAAUGCAGCUCACUUGAUGGCGAUUGAAGCACUUCAGCAAGUUCAAAAAAGUCAAACCCAGAUUGAGAUAACCAAUGGGUUUUUGCAUGCACUUCCUACAAUCUUCUGCAGACCUCCUAAAGAUGUCAAAGCUUUAGAGAUCAAGAGAAAAAAAGGGGGUUACACAUCCUUAAAUCCACUGAUGGAUAAUGAAGAGUUUAAAAGUGAGGCCAUUCAGAGACCCUACCAAUACUUGAGAAGAUUCAACAGGAAUGUGAACAUGGACCGUUUCAAAUAUCAAGCUCAGUCUGUAGAAGGUGAUCCGGUUGACUGUCUCCAUCAUCUUUUAUCAAACUACGGCCUAAAAGACCCAUCAUGGGCAGAAUUAAAGCACUUUACUUGGUUUCUUAACCUGCAGCUUAAAGACUGUGAGAAUUCUUUGUUCUGUGAUCCAAACUUCCUUGCUGACAAUUUAAGUGGCUUCAAGGACUUCAUAGUAAAAUUCAUGAUUCACAUGGCUCGAGACUUUGCCUCUCCAUCCAUUGACAUCUCUGAUGAGAGCCCCUCCUUUUUCUCUGAGAACGAAAAUGAGGAAGAUAUCCUAGCCAAACUAUCUAUUCGAAAACAAUGGGAAAAUGAACCUCACCCAUACAUCUUUUUCAAUGCAGACCAUUUCACCAUGUCUUUCUUAGGAUUCCAUGUGCAGAAAUUUGGCACAAUUCUUAAUGCAGUUGAUCCAAGAAGUGGCAAAGUGUUAAUGAGAAAUGUGAUGACACAAGAUCUCUUUUCAGACAUUGAGCGACAAAGAAUUAAGCUUUCUGAGAACUUUGAUGACCUGUCAAGGGAAGACAAGAUUCAAAAAGUUUCCUUUGUUGUUGGUGCCAAAAAAGGCUGGGAAAAAGGAACAUUUGAUCCAGACCCUACAUAUGAACUCACUACUGACAAUAUCAUGAAGAUGUUGGCUAUUCAUAUGAGAUUCCGAUGUGAGAUUCCAGUGAUCAUCAUGGGAGAAACUGGCUGUGGGAAGACGCGGCUUAUACGCUUUCUCUGUGAUCUGCAACGUGAAGGCAGAGAUGUUGAAAACAUGAAACUAGUCAAAGUUCAUGGAGGUACUACUUCUGAGGUAAUCUAUAGGAAGGUGCGAGAAGCAGAAGAACUUGCUCAGGACAACCGUCAAAAAUAUGAACUUGACACAGUUUUGUUUUUUGAUGAAGCCAACACAACCGAAGCAAUAUUCGCCAUCAAGGAAGUGCUAUGUGACAAAGCUGUACAAGGGUACCCUUUGAAGAAAAAUUCUGGUCUGAAAAUAAUUGCUGCCUGCAAUCCAUACAGAAGACACACACCCAGAAUGAUUGAUCGCUUGGAGCGUGCUGGGCUAGGAUACAGAGUGAAAGCUGAAGAAACAGAGGACCGCCUUGGUAAAGUUCCCAUGAGACAGCUUGUGUACCGUGUACACCCUUUACCCCCGAGCAUGGUGCCCCUGGUAUGGGAUUUUGGACAAUUAAGUGAUUCAUCUGAGCUCUCUUAUAUCUGUCAAAUUGUGCAGAAACAAAUGAGAGAUCAUGGAUUGCCCCGUGCAUACCAGAGAGUGAUCACAAAAGUUUUGUCUGCCUCUCAAAGAUACAUGCGCAGACAAGCAGAUGAAUGCAGCUUUGUAAGUCUUAGGGAUGUGGAGAGAUCAAUGUGUGUCCUAGUUUGGUUUUACAACCACAGAGUUGAUCUUUUUCCUGGUUGCCACAGGAAUGAAACUGAGCUGAUGACUUUGAAGUGCUUGGUGCUUGCUAUGGGUGUUUGCUAUUACCCAUCACUUGAAAACAAAGGGACAUACCUAGCAACUAUGAGCAAAUGCUUUCCUUGUCCAUUCAACUCCAAAGAGUCACUGGAGCAGGAGAUAACUUCAUGCCAAGACUUUUUUCUUGAGAAAAUCCAAACAAGAGAUACAAUUGCCAAAAAUCUGGCUUUGAAAGAAAAUGUCUUCCUCAUGGUGGUCUGCAUUGAGUUGAGAAUUCCACUCUUUCUGGUUGGCAAGCCAGGGAGCUCAAAAUCGCUUGCUAAGACUGUUAUAGCAGAUGCAAUGCAGCGCCAGGCCUCUCACUGCGACUUAUUCAAGAAAUUCAAGGAAGUUCACAUGGUGUCUUUUCAAUGCAGCCCUCACUCAAGCCCUGAAGGAAUCAUUGGAACCUUUCGGAACUGUGCCCGUUUCCAAAAGGACAAGAAUUUUGAUGAGUAUGUGUCAGUAGUUGUUCUGGAUGAAAUAGGACUUGCAGAGGACUCUCCUCAGAUGCCACUGAAGACAUUGCAUCCUCUUCUAGAGGAUGGAUGCAUAGACAGCGAUAACCCAGAUCCACAUAUGAAGGUUGGAUUUGUUGGAAUCUCAAACUGGGCUCUCGAUCCAGCAAAAAUGAACAGAGGUAUUUUUGUGUCCCGUUGGGACCCAAGUGAGAAGGACUUAGUAGAGACAGCCGAAGGAAUCUGCUCAUCCUCCCAUAACAUUCUUCUCAAAAUCAAGCACCUCCUGCCAAAGUUGGCAAAGGGCUACCUAGAUAUCUGUAAAACUGACGGUGAACAGUUCUUUGGACUCCGAGAUUAUUAUAGCUUGGUGAAAAUGAUUUUUGCAACAGUCAACAGUUCAGAUCAAGAACCAUCUGACAGUGAGUUGGCAGAGGCUGUGUUGAGAAACUUCAGUGGACAAAGGGAUGAUUUUGAUCCUCUUGAUUACUUUCGGGACAUCUUCCAGAACACUGAAGUCCAAAGGCCAAGUACACUGAAAAUGAUUGAGCAAAAUCUUGACCGCAACAGUGACAAAGAGUGCCGGUACCUUCUUUUGCUCACAACUAACAAUGUUGCCUUGUACAUUAUCCAACACCACAUUUUCUCCAAGGAGAACUAUAUAUGCCCUGAAAUUGUCUUUGGAUCAGGAUUUCCCAAAGACCAGGAGUAUGCCCAGAUAUGUCACAAUGUGAGUAGAAUAAAGGCAUGCAUGGAGACAGGCCGAACAGUCAUCCUAUUGAAUCUCCUCAAUUUGUAUGAGAGCCUGUAUGAUGCCUUGAAUCAAUACUAUGUCUGCUUCAGUGGACAGAAUUAUGUUGACUUGGGACUUGGUUCUCAUAGAGUAAAGUGUCGAGUUCACAAAGACUUCAGACUGGUUGUGGUGGAGGACCAGGAAAAAGUCUACAAAAGGUUUCCUGUUCCACUUAAAAACAGACUGGAGAAGCACAAAGUUGAUAGGAGUACGGAUUUGACUCCCUGGCAGCACAGAGUUUUGGAAAAACUCAAACAGUGGGUAGAAGACUUCUCAAAAGUUCAUCAAUCCACUGAAGCAAAAUUCAGCUUAUCAGAUGCCUUUGUUGGGUUCCAUGGGGAUGCUUGUGCCAGUGCACUUCUGCAGGCUUUAGAGAAAAUACAAAAAUGGGGCCAUGAUAAAGCUGCUCAAAACAAUGAGCUCCAUUGCAUUCCCAAGUGCGAUAAUGAAAUCAGUGAACCAAGUAAAGAAGGCUCUAAUAUUAAUGUGGCCAAGGAUGUAUACAUGAAGAAAGAGGAAAGUGAGGCUCAUCACAUUGAUGAAGAUGAAGAUGUGACAGAGUCUCAAGAGGAAAUGAACAAAUUCCUUGAUGAGGAGGAGGUGCAAAUGGAAGGAGAAGGUGCCUCAAUGGAAGUUGACAACAAGGUACAGGAUGCAGAAGUUUAUGAAGACAUUGAGACUCUUGGAGAUGCUUCUGAACUUGUGAAAAUCUAUGAUGAAGAUGCUGUUGACACUGAGGCAAGAGACAGCUUGGACUCAAACAAAACCAUGGAUGAGGAAGAGCAAGUCUAUGAAAUGGCCAAAAGCCUUCUCUUGAAUUGUGCCUCACCAGACUCAGUACUUAGAUUAAAGUAUUCAGAAUUUGGAAAUCAGGAGAAAGACACACUUCAGAGAAUGUAUUUUCAUCAGCAAAGCCAUCAAUCUCUCAGAGACCUAUUAGACAACCAUCUGAACAAAAAUGAACAGGACAAGAACAGAUUCUUGGAGGUAACCACAUUCUCCAAUCUUCUCACUGAAGCUGAUGUGAGAAAUCUUGCCCCAGCCUUGGGCUUGACCACUGAGCAGUUUCUUCUGCUCUCUUUACACCAAUUUGACACAGAAGCUUCUUUUUGCAGCAAGAUACGGUCCUUCCUGAGGGAAUCUGGACUUUCUCUGCACAUUCUUGUGGUUCAGAUGGACAUGGAAGAGUCUUUGUGCAAAAAUGAACUUAUUGCUUCAGCAAAAUACUGUACCAUGAAUGAAAUCUUGUCCUUAAAGUCAGAUGAGUGCAACUUCUAUACUGUGUUUAUCACAAAGCUCUCCCGAAUUGGGGAGCAUUGUAGAACAAGAAGCAACAAGUACAUUGGCUUUCAAGGAGGAGUUUGGCUGUCUGCACAUAUUGAUGACCUCAGCGAUUCCAGUGACAUGACCUUAAAUCUUAAGGCUUUUUGUGGAAUACCUAUAAGUAAACUCAUCUCCCAGAAAAUCGUGUCAGGUAUGUAAGGUACCAGUGACCA